AUGGCGCAGCCUCUGGAUCUUGCCAAAACGCUCGUCAAGUCGGUAAUGCGCGCCUUCUAUGAGACGCGCCACAUCCUAAUCAUCGACGCGCUCAUCAUUCACUCAGCACUGCGCGACGACGACCUGGCCUACUUGAUGGCGACAAACACAAAAGACCUCCACAAAGCCUGCGGAAAGCUAAGAGAGGAUCGCUUCUUGGCUGUAUACACGAGGUUAGAAUAUCGCGAGGAUCCCAAGAACCCCGAGGCGAAACCGCGACCAGUGAAUCGCACCUACUACUACAUCGACUAUCGCCAGACCAUUGAUGCCAUAAAGUGGCGUGUAUACACCGUCGACAAGCAGAUCCAGGGCACCACGGUCCCAGCAAGCGAGCGCAAGGAGUACUUUUGCGGACGUUGCAAGGCGGAGUGGACGCAGAUGGAGGUUUUAGACAAUGUUGGACCCGAAGGAUUCGUCUGCCACCGGUGUGGCUCGUCUCUUACGCACGAUCUCGAGCGCAACUCGACUGGCCACGAGCAGUCGACACGGCUGAACAACCAGUUCAAGUUCAUAACCGAGUUGCUACCACGCAUCGACGAGAUGGUGGUUCCCGACAAUACAUUCGACAUCGCAAUUAGCAAAGCCCUGCCAGUAGUGCGAGAUGCCAGUUACCAAACCGUCACAACCAUACCGGUCUCGUCACUGCAACCGACCGCGGUCAAGGGUCUCGAUAAUGUCGGUCCCAAAUCCAUGUCGGUCAGCAUCUCGACAACGGACGGUCCAUCAGAGGCUGAGAAGGCGGCGGAGAAGGCGCGGAAGGAGAAGAUUGCACAGCAAAACGCACUUCCUUCGUGGAUGUCCAACAGCACUGUCACGGGUGAAUCAUUCACUGCUGACGCGGGCCCGACGCCUGCGGCUAAGGUUGAGGAAGUCGACAGCAAGGAAGCCUUGGCCAAGUCAGGCGAUAAUCAAGAACAUGCAGAACUGGACGACUAUUUUGCUCGUCUUAAGGCCGAACAAGCUGCUGAAGCUGCGAGGGCCCUCGCGGAGGAGGGCUCGGACGACGAUGAAGAGGAAGAAGAAGACGCUUUUGAAGACGUGACUCCAAUGGGAAACAACACACCAAUCCCGAAGGCGGAACCUGCUGCUGAUACGGAGGAACUACCAGCAAAGAGGGUGAAGGUAGAGAUGCCAGAUGACGGCGAGAGUGAUGAAGACGUCGAAUUCGAGGACGUCUGA